AAAUGAUCAUUCACUUACGUCUGACAAUGGAUUAAUGAUAGAAGUGGAUUAAAAAAAUUGUACUGCUUCUUACACGUAUAAAACUCUAUUUACGAAAAUUUAACAAUAACCAUGGUAAAACCCACAGAACUGACCACAAUUGCCACUAUUGAGGGAAGUAUGGAAAAGAAGCCUAUAGAAGAUGAACCUAUUGUAAUUGCCAGCAUUGAUGAAGCUCUGGAAAAGACACAUUAUGGAAAAUAUAAUAUACAACUUAUAAUAUUUUCGGGCCUGGUAUUGAAUAAUGUGAUUUUGGAAUCGGUGGGCAUUAGUUUUGCUUUGCCGGUUAUUGCCUGUGAUUUAGAUUUAACCUAUCGAGAGCAAGGCAUCUUGGGAGCAGUGUGCUUUUUGGGCAUAAUUUUCAGUUCCCAUUUAUGGGGAUUUUUAGCAGAUACCAAAGGACGCAAGGAGACUAUGAGACCUGCUUUGCUGUUGGCUUUCUUGGUUACACUCAUAUCGAGUUUUUCCUUUAAUUUCAUAAUGAUAGCAGUAUUAAGAUUUAUAAAUGGAAUUUUGAUAUCGGCUGGUUCCGCUACAAUUUUUGCUUAUUUGGGCGAAUUCCAUUCCCAAAAGAAUCGCAACAAAGCUAUUAUGUGUUCCGCUUUAAUAAGUGCUUUCAGCGCCAUAUUUCUACCAAUUAUAGCAUGGCUUUUCAUUAAUCAAGAUUGGGAACUGCAGAUACCAUUUCUGCAGAUUGUCUUUAAACCCUGGCGUUUAUACAUAAUCGUGUGUGGUCUUUCUGGACUUGUUUGUUGUAUUAUUUUGGGCUACUUGCCUGAAAGUCCUAAAUAUUUAUUGGGUUUAAAUAGGCCCAGUGAAGUUUUGGAUAUUUUAAAGAAUAUGCAUCGUAAAAAUACGAAGGGGAAUAAAAAACUUAAAGACGAUAAGUUUAAGAUUACAACAAUUUUACCUGAUUUAGAUACACCAUUACGCAGAAAGUCUAUGGGCGAUAAGAAAUCGAUUACUUCUAUAUUACGCUUAAUAUGGGACCAAACCGCUCCCUUGUUUAUGAGACAACAUAUUCGUAAGACCUGCCUAUCGUCUCUAAUACAGUUUAUUACACUUUUUACUGCUCAUGGCAUCUAUAUGUGGUUUCCUUAUAUUCUCAAUAAUACCAUGUUAUAUACACAACAAUAUGAGGAACCUCUAUGUCUCUGUGAUAUUUUAAGAGUUACCCAAUCCGUAAAUUUUUCCAAUGCUAAUAGUUUAGAUAGUGAGCUGGUUAACACCUGCACAACAAAAUUGGAAAUAUCUACCUAUAAACACACGAUCACAUUGGAGGUAAUUUAUAUGACUUUGAUGUUAUGUGUGAUUUUUGCCAGCAAAAAAUUCAAUCGUACUCCCAUUUUAUUCGUUAUUCUAGCAUUGUCUGGUAUUUUCGGCAUUCUCAGCUUGAUAAUCAAGAUACCUUUAAUAGCGAUUUAUAUGAUCGCCCUAAUGUUGUGUUCUGGUCUAGCUACAAGUGUCAUGAGUGCAGUUGUUGUAGAUAUUUAUCCAACAAAUUUGAGAGCUAUGGCUGUUUGUAUAUCAUUAAUGCUGGGUCGCAUUGGCAGUGUAUCGGGCAGCUAUGUAUUGGGUGCCUUAAUAGAAACUCAUUGUGAAUUAGCAUUUUAUACAUCAUCAUUUGCAUUGAUAAUGGCUGGAUGUUUGGGUUUUCUAAUGCCUAAAACUCAGGAUAAUAAAAAGCCAAAUAAUGACAAUGAAAAUAUCUAA